AACGAAAAGUGGGAGUUGCCACAGCGCGCCGCCACCGCAAUGGCUUUAAAUAAUGCGCGCGCCCGCGUUUUGAAUGUAUAUGUGCGCGCACACAUUGCUGAGUGGGUGUUAAAGUCACACACAGACAUACACACAUGUGCGCGCGCAAUAAACAUAAGCUGCUCGCUUCUUAUUUGCUUGCGGUCUCGUCACACUAACGCGAACUGGUUUUUUUGAAUUUGCAUUUUUCUUUGGCUGUAAACAGCGGUGCUUCUACUAUUGCGCUCGCCAAGCGCAGUGUUUACUUCGUUAUUGUUCGUCGUUCACUACGCCGUUAAAGUUCUAUCGCUUGCUUCUGCUAAAUGCGCGCGCGCAUGCUAUAACAGUUAGUAGUUGGUAUUAAAUAUGUACGCGCGUUUACACAGACGACUCGAACGCUUAGAUGCCGCAGCGUAUCGCACUUGCUUGGGGACUAGCGCCGCUUGAUUUGAACUGGACUCGCACAACGCGUGUGGUGCGCCGUCGUUAUUUUGCGUGCUCGACGCUUGAGUGCACCGUGAUGAACGCUUAGUUCGCGCGCCCGUCGGUGGUGGAUUAUUGGUGAACAAAUCACACAAGCGUAUGCGCGUGUGUUUUACGGGAUUGCUUUAGUGUGUUUGUGUGUAUGUGAAAAUUUAGUGCAAGACAAGCAAAUAAAAACUAAUUCACAUGAAAAGCCGUGCAAACAAAUGAGAGUGUAAUAACAAACAAACAAAAAAAUAGCAAAAAAAUUGAAAUAAAGAAAAGUUGAGUACUAGCAACAGCAACAACAACAGUAACAGCCGCUGUAAAAGUGCAUAAGCAAAGUGGCAGUAUUUUUACAUGCGGUUGGCUCCAAACUACUGCCUCAAGCAUUCGCCGCUCUUAAACAAUACCUGCCAAUGCGCUGCUGACUGCUUUUCUUCGGCUCCUUCGACGACUUGCGCGCUGCUGCUUCUUCUUCAUCUGCAGCGCUGUUCAUCGCUGUUCUGUUCUGUUUGUAUGUAUGCAUGUACUUGCUCGCCUCUUUUGCGCCAGUUAAAGGGUUCUCGCCGGUCUUAUUGUCGUUGGUUGUGCUGCGCUUUGGCUCUGCUUUUUGGGGGCAGCUUUGCUUUCUUCGCGCGAUCGUGUCGGUAGUGUGUGACGAGUUUUGAACGCAAGCAGUCGGUGUGCGGCGCAUGCCGAUUAGAACGUUACGAAAAAUACAAAUACAUUUCGUGCAACGGAGUAGCAUGCGCAUUCGUGUUGCACUCAAAGGAUCACACUUUUGCUGAGAAUGACAGUGUUCAUAGGUGUUUGGCCGAAAAGUAACGAAUCGGAUUUGAGUUAUGGCAAAUAAAAUGAGUGCCCUUAAGAUAAGUGCGGCUUGUGUUGACAUUUAGAGAGUGUGUAAAAUCGCUUUGCCGUCAAGUGAUAACGGAUAUGUGGAAAUACUAAGAAACCGUGGUUCGAGCAGCAAGUGUAUGAAUUAAAUUAACCAAAAUUGGAAUAAAUGUUGUAAGAAAAAAAUUGUUAAAACAUAAAAAAGGAAUAUGUGUAUAUGUAUAUAUGAAACAUAUAUUUGUAUAAGUUAUUUAAAAGAAGCAUUAACAACACAAAUUGCUUAAAAAUACCGUGCUAAAAGAAUUUAAUACUGCAUUUGUGCUAAAAAGAGAAUAAUAAAAGAAAUUACGUUUAUGUUAAAAACCAAAAACAAGUGCUAAAGUGCAAAGUUUAAGCCAAAUUGAAACAAUGAUAAUGAUGCUAUCAUCAUGUGAUUUAUAGGCACCCAAACAGCAACAAAAGUGACGCGCUCAACCAAUCACAGCUGAUUAUUUCAAAUAGAAUAUAGAAAAGCACAAACUACAAAAACUAUCAAAAUGUACGCUGAUAAACAUUUAGAGAAGCCCACAGCGUUGAGCGCAGGCACGCCCACGGCAAUGUUGCCCACGCCCAUUGCGGAGAUGCAUGCGCAUGCGCACACACAUGCGCUGGCGCAUCCACAUCUGCACACGCUGCACGCCCAACACAUGCAACAUAUGCAAAUGCAACAGCACCUGCAACAGCAGCAACAACAACAACAGCAACCACAAACGCAUGUUAGUCAGCAACAUGUUGCGCAACAUUUAGUGCAACAUCCGCAUCAGCAGUCGCAGUCAACGCUGGCCGUGCUGCAGCAGCAACAACAUCACCAGCAGCAACAUCCACACCAGCAACAGCAACAACAUGCGCAUCAGCAGCAUGUUAACAUACAACAGCAACAACAACAGCAGCAGCAGCAACAAACGCAAGCGCAACAACAACAGUCGGCAAUGUUUACCAGAUUUGACGCCAACAAAUCGACAAAGGGCGCCUCGAAGUUGCGCCGUGAUUUAAUCAAUGCCGAAAUCGCCAAUUUGCGCGACCUUUUGCCGCUGCCGCAGUCGACGCGUCAGCGCUUAUCACAGCUACAGCUGAUGGCAUUGGUGUGUGUGUAUGUGCGUAAGGCUAACUAUUUUCAACAAGUUUUUAAACGACAUGACAUUUCAAUACAUCAUGCACCAACACCAAAUAUAGGCUUUUCCAAGGCGCUCUCAGGUUUCCUCAUGAUGCUGACGCAAAAUGGCAAAUUGCUUUAUAUCUCCGAUAAUGCAGCCGAGUAUUUGGGGCAUUCAAUGGAAGAUCUCCUCAUUCACGGCGAUUCCGUUUACGAUAUCAUUGACAAACAGGAUCACGCAACCAUACAAGCCGAACUGAAUCGCAAUGUGCCACCACAACCGGGUCAUAGUCAACACGCGAGCGCUGCCUCAGCAGCCGCCGCGGCAGCAGCGGCGAUCAACAGCUUGGAGGGCGAACAUCGCAUGUUUUUGUGUCGCAUGAAUGUCAGUCGAAAUGCGCGACGGCAAAUGCGCUUCGGUGAUCAGAAGGUUGUGCUAGUUCAGGGUCACUAUCUGUCAUAUCUGCCGCUCUGCAGCCGCAACGAGCCGGUCUUUUUGGCCACAUGCACACCCAUUGCCAUGCCGGAGACGCGCGAGUGUGUGGUGCAGGGUGCCACCAAUGUGUUUACCACCAUACAUUCGAUGGAUAUGAAAAUUGCGCAUAUCGAUAAAAACGGCGAGUUUCAUUUGGGUUACAGCAAAAGUGAUAUACACGGACUCUCUUGGUACAAUCUCUUACAUUCGGAGAAUUUGCGUGAGGCGCAAAGCAAACAUAGGCUGAUAACUCAAUCUGAGCAGGACCGCUCCUGUAUUUUAUUGGUGCGCAUGCAACGAAGACAAGGCGAUUUUAUUUGGGUGCACGUGGUGCUGCAAGUUCGCGAUAGUCAAGACACAAACCAACAGCCGGUUAUUGUGUGCACCAACCAGGUUUUAAACGAACGUGAGGCUUCGGUAAUGCUGGCCAAUUCGUGGCUCUACCACUACUACUCGGUGCAGUCGAAGAUACAAUUCGGACUCGCUUUCGAUGCGCCCACACGUGUGCCACCGACAACACCGGCCGCAGCAGCCGCGGCGGCAGUCUACUACCAUCAUCACGCACACCACGCCGCGCAUUCACAUUUGCAUCAUCAUCACACGGGCGCCGCCAGUACCACGGCCACACUUCCAGCCACAGCAACGGCAGGUUAUGCCGCCGCAUUGCAUCCACAUCAAACGCACACACAUUUGCACCACACGCAACACCAACACCUACAUCCACACACACAUACACAUGCGCAUCAUCAGUAUCAUCACAUGACGACGGCGUCGUAUGCCGGCGCAUAUAAUACGCCCACCGGCGCGACCAGCGGUGGCAGCAUGAGUGUGGGGAGUGGCAGCUGUGGUAGCGCGGAAAGUUCGCCAGCGCCGCAUUUGAGUGGUCAUCAUCAACAAGGCCAACAGUUGCAGCAUCAUUUGCCAAGUAAUGGUGGGAUGGCGAUGACGGGACAUGCGGGUGUCAUCAAUGGUGCGGCCGUUGGCCAGUAUAUAUGUCACCGUCGUGUCGGUGCGGAACCAGUUGAUUAUAGUCAAGUGCCUGGCGGCGUCGGUGCACCACCGAUCGGCUUGAAUGGCGCGCGUUCACCUACUAAUGGCCAAGUGGAUGGACAAAUGCGUUGCAGCAGCACGAAUAGUUCCGUUUCCAGUCAUAAUGCUGCCACGCCACAUUAUGUCACACACAACAACAAUACCAGUGGCAAUAAUAAACACAACAACGGCAGUAGCGCCAAUCACAGCAGCUCCAACAACAAUCACAACAGCACACACAAUCAUAACCUCAACAGUGCUGCCAAUAUCAAUACCAAUGGCAAUGCGAGCUCCGCGCAGCAUCAGCGCCUCAGCUCGCCACCCUCCAAACGUCGCGCAAUCGGUAAACUAGAACCACUCUACCUACCAGAUGAGGCGAACGAUGACACGCCAACAACAGUCACCGAAAUCGAUACACCCUACCAUCUACACGCACAUUCACUUAUUGGCGCACCAGCAGAAUCGCAUGCCUCGGUUAUAUUCGCUACCGUUGUGCCGACAUGUCCGCGACUCAUACAAAAGUCCCUACCCAAUGAACCGCCUGACUUCAUCGACCAGUGGAAUCCCAGUCCACCUUGGUCGGAGUCUGCGCAGAAACUCUCACUUGACAGUUCGUCUUCCACACAGCAGGAGCUUAGUCCUUGUAUUACAACCACACCACCUACACCGACAAGCGCGCCGCCCACAGGCACACUGGGUUCGAAUUACGGUAGCUUACAGACGCUGGGUCCGGCUUUCUCUUUCGAAUGGAUGUCCGAUCCGUUGGUGCCAGUUGCAGAUCCAUAUACGUCCUGUAUUACACCACCCGAUGGUGUACCGCUCGUAGUCGCUCAUCAUCCACAUGCAACAGCGGCAGCGCAGCAUUCUUUCCAUUGGAACACUACGCCGUCGGAACAUCAUCAGCAUUUGAGUCAACAUUUGGCCUCGCAUGGUCAUCGUUUGCUUACGCUAUCAAGUACAGGUGCUGUGGAUACAAUACAACAAUCGUCAACUGUAAUAACUAGCGGUGAUGCAAGAAAUGCGCGGACGAAGUCUCCUGAAGUUACCGAACGGAAAGAAUCGCCACGCAAAUAAAUCAACGCAACAAAGUUUGCUGAACCCUAACGGAGACCUAACCUAAAAAUAACCCGCUAAUGAAGCAGUUAGGUGCAAUAAAAGUGAGCAAACAAAACCAAAUUAAGCUUUAUGGGUUUAUACAAACAUAAAUAUUUAAGGAUAUACAUAUGUAGAUGUAUGUAUAUAUUUACUAAAAUCAAAUUUUAUUAGCACGCAAAGAUUAAUAGUCAAAAUUUCAUGCAUUUAAUGGGGAAAAAUUUAUGACAAAUUUUGACAGCUGACAAUAUGAUUGACUAAAAUGUAUGGAAUACAACAAAAAAUUAUAUAGAAAAUCAUUAGAAAAUUAAUGCAGCGCUUAUAGAAGUGACUGCCACAACAAUAACUGUUAAUUUUAUUAACAACAUAAAAUUAAAAAAUAAUAAUUAAAUAAGCAAAAGCUAAUGAAUUGAGCAAUGUGACACAUCAAACAACAAAAACAACGCAAUUAUAUAAUUAUUAUUAAAUUUUUGUAGCAAUAACUGUGAAUAAAUAAUUUUGUAUGUAAAUAUUUAAAAAUAACUAUAUGUAAGUGUACAACGUAUGUGUUUGUAUAUAGCGUAUGUAAUGUGUUUCUUUGUGUGUGUGCAUGUGUGUAGCGAGUAUAAUGAAAGUGCAAAUAAAUUUUUAUUGCCAAUUAUUCCGUUAUAAUUAGUAUUACCGACGUCAAGCGCGGGUGUUUAAAAGAAUGUCGGUUUGAAAUUUUCACACAUACACCCGCAUAUAUAUACAUACAUAUGUGUGUGUAUUACCUAUGCUAUACAGUAGUAUGCAGUAUUGACGGAAUUGAAAUUAGCAAAGACGUCAAAAAUUAUUGAAAGCUGUUGCGAAGUGCGAAAUUUGACGUAAAUUAGAAUAUGUAUAUAUACAUUAGGGUGCGUCAAAAAAUCGAAUUUUUUUCACUUGGUACACUUAAAAUGGGUUCUUAGAUAGCUAUAAAAAAAGUUUCUACAGUUAAUUGUAAUUGUUUACACAUGUAUACAUUAGGGUGUGUCAAUAAAAUAUAAUUUUCUUUUACGCUUGGUACACUGAAAGUGGGUUCCUAGACAGCUCUAAGAAAGUCUAGCUUGACGUUAAAUAAAACAUAUGUGUAUACAUUAGGGUGCGUCAAAAAAAAUCUGAAAAUAAUUUGUUCGCUUAGUACACUGAAAAUGGAUUCUUAGACAGCUCUAAGAAUCUCUCUCCAAGUAUGAGCUUUUAAUUGUAAUUGGAAGCCGCUCCUCCUUACAGUUUUCUAUUUUUCUUCUUAUUAUAAAAAGAAAAAUACUUGAAAAAUAUUUUAGACCUUGAAAGAAUUUCUUAGAGCUGUCUAAAAACCUAUUACAAAGAGCAGCAAGCAAAAAAAUAUUCGGUGUUUUUGUCCCACUUUAAUGUAUACUAACUUACGUUAUGCACGCA